CUGCAUCAGCCACUGCGCCCUUGGCUUAUAUUCUUACUGUUAUUCGUGCGAAUCAUAAUCCUUGAACGCUGGGCAGCGUAUGUAACCCGUGCUGGCACAGCAGCAAUGCCAUAUCUCGAUUUCCGCGCCAUGGACGGCGUAGGACCGCACAGCCUGGGUGGGAUCCAAUGCUGUAUACUCCAAGCCAGUCUCAGUGUCACGCAGUCGGGAAGCGACGGUGAAUGACCAUGUUUCGGACGGGAGAGUGAUGAACAUGCGAUACUUGGGCGAUGGACCCAUCAUCGGAUCAUCCGUGAUAUCGGGACGCCACCUGGGCCUCAAUUUUUGGGAGAAAUGCAGGACUAUAAGAGUCCGGUCCUGAACCGUGUGCGGUAUUAGACCCACCCCCUCUUACUCCUGCCACCUCACAAACACCAUAAUGGUUACCACUCGCGUGCUCGUCUUCGCUGCUGUUGCGUUUUUCGCAUCUAGAGUCGUGACAGCAGCCCCAACUUCGAGCUUCAACAUCCCAGACGGUACCAGAACUCCUUCUCUUACCCCAGUUCUGCCCGCUGCAACAUCGCACGUGGUCCGACAACUUACCACCGCUUUUUGGGGACACGUCGAGGAGCCUAAGAGAGGAGACUACGUCCAGUUGACUAGCUCCAAGUCUGAGACAUAAAGCUGAACACUAGUCUGGUCCCCAUAUAUCACGAGGCGUUUAGGUCUUGGCAUUUAUAUUUUUUCUGGAGGAGCAGGGCACUUGAAUCAGUAGAGUAAACAUAAUCCAUCGGCACUAUAUAUUGUGCUCAAAAACCGAUGCAAAUUUGCAAAGAGCGUGGACGACGUCUCAUGGCG